CACACACAGGAAGAUAGAAAAAACAUGGCACAAACAGGGGAGAAGGAAAACAGGGGGAAAACACUAUGCUUUCAAAGUAUCUCCCCCUAACACUGCCUGUAGAAAGUACCAUAAUUAUCUCAUGGUGGCCUGUAGUAUAAAGAGUAAAGUGUUAGAGAGUCAGAGUUGUAAUAAUAAAAUAAGAGAAUGUCCACCUCGCCCCAGUCUGGAAAUAGAACUAAAUGUUGUCAGAAACACAGCAGCAGAGGCAGUCUGCUAUUCCUGGACACGAGCGUCUCUCAGUCACACAGGUCAGAGAGGAGCGGAGUCCUCCUGCCAGGCUCGGUUCUUUUCCCGCGUUACAAAUAUUACAUCUGGAUAUAUAUCACACACAGCGGACAAAGGAGGGAGUCCUAAACCUUCAUCCAAGUCCCACUGCCCUCCAGACGUACGGACACAUCCUCAUUCACCUGAGCCUCUGGGAUCCUAUGAGGAGCAACAGGAGAACCCUGAAGACUAUGGCGUUGGUGGAUACUUCCCCAUAGAGAUUGGAGAGAUAUUCGUCGACCGUUACCAAGUAGUUAAAAAGUUGGGAUGGGGUCACUUCUCUACUGUGUGGCUCUGCUGGGAUAUGGUGAAGGGGCGUUUUGUGGCUCUGAAGGUGGUGAAGAGUGCUCAAACAUUCACAGAGACGGCACUGGAUGAGAUCAAACUUCUGAAAUGUGUAAGGGACAGUGACCCCAGAGAUCCAAAACGUGAGACAAUCGUGCACCUUAUUGAUGACUUCAGGAUCACUGGAGCGAAUGGAGAGCAUGUGUGCAUGGUUCUGGAGGUGCUGGGCCACCAGUUGCUCAGGUGGAUCAUCAAAUCCAACUACUCUGGCCUCCCCCUGCCCUGCGUCAAGAGCAUCCUCAGACAGGUUCUGCAGGGUUUAGAUUACUUGCACACCAAAUGCAAGAUUAUCCACACCGACAUCAAGCCGGAAAACAUCCUCCUGAGAGUGGACGAGGUUUACAUUCAGAACCUGGCGGCCGACACCAAGCUGUGGCAGCUGCCAGUGUCCUCUGCUUUCACCACCUCCACAGAGAACAGAAGCUCCAGAGAAAAACAGAGUUUGUCCAACUUGUUGGGGAAGCUGACCGGGGUUUUCCACAGUCUUGGGGAGUGGUCCAGCAAGGUCUCCAAGAGCCCCAUUAAGCGACUGACAAGAAAAGACAGGGCUCGACGAGGACAGGAGAGUGCAUCCGACCACAAUCAAAAAGACAAACUUCAUGUGUCCUUCUCUGAUGUCCCUGCUCCCUCUAGCACCCGUAGCUCCACCUGUCACUCUAAGCUCACAGGUCCUAACCUCGCAUUAAGGAGGCAGACACUGCUGUUGGAGGACGGACUGAACAGUGCUCCACACAGCCACAGAGACUCCAUCUGCUCGUGGCCAGACCUCAACACAGAUGCUCCUGUUUCUGGCUCUAGAUCAGUGUUAUUACAUCAGACUGCAGACAAAGAGCCACCUCCUCCUUCACCAUCAGCUACUCGUGGUGUCAGUGGCUCGGAUGUACAUCUAGACCUACUAAAACCCCAGAAUGCUGAUAAAAUCCUCAUCAAGAUUGCUGACCUGGGCAAUGCCUGCUGGGUGCACAAACACUUCACUGAAGACAUCCAGACGUGUCAGUACCGCUCUGUGGAGGUUCUGAUCGGUGCUGAAUACGACACACCGGCUGACAUCUGGAGCACCGCCUGCAUGGCUUUUGAGCUGGCCACAGGGGACUAUCUGUUCGAUCCACAAUCAGGAGCCUCAUUCACCCGCGAGGAAGAUCACAUUGCCCACAUCAUUGAGCUGCUGGGAGCCCUUCCAUCCCAGUUCGCUUUGUCAGGGAGAAACUCCAAACAAUUUUUCAACCAUAAAGGAAAACUGCGACACAUCUCAAAGCUGAAGCCGUGGAGCUUGUUUGAGAUCCUGCUGGAGAAGUACGAGUGGCCGCGGGAGGAAGCCGCCCAGUUCAGCUCGUUCCUCCAGACCAUGUUGGAGCUUCUGCCGGAGGAAAGAGCCACAGCUGCCCAGUGUCUGAAACACCCCUGGAUCACCUCUUAGUCGAACCAGUUCUGUCUUGUUCAGAGCCCAGUGGACUAAAGCUCUCUGUUCAGGGGCAGGCUGGCACACAUUACACCCCACACGGGACAUCGGACAGCUGUGGGAUAUACAGCAGAAGUCUAGUGCUGGCAUCAUGAACUCAUAGAUAUUCAUUAGCCUGAAGAAGUUGCCUUUUCCAAUUUGGGUUGCUUGAUCUUUUAGUAUUUUAA